AUUCCAAUUCCCACAUUUUUUGGAAAGCUUAGAUCAUUUUUUGCGUAAUUUUUGAAUUAUUUACGUAAUUUAGCCUAGGUUUGCACAGUUGAAAUUGUAAAAAAUAAGUGUUUCUUCAGGCUUAGUAUGAGUGCGUGCAUGUAAAUGGUUGUAUUUUGCGUUUAUAGAGGAAUUUGUGAAUGCGGUGAAUCGUAUUGAUUCUGAGGCAAUAGGUAAUAUCCAGAAUUAAGAUGCCAUUUGUUGUUAUUUCUGGUUUCCCUGCAUCUGGAAAGACUACUAGAACGAAAGAGCUUCUUGAAUUUAUGAAAAAGGAAUGGCCAAAAAAUGUAGUGGUGAUAUCUGAGCAUGACUUUGUGAAGGAUCAAGACAAGGAUUACACAUAUUCAUCUUCUCAGGUUGAGAAAGAUGUUCGUGGAGCCUUGAAAGGGGAGGUUAUCAGGAAAAUCUCCAAGGAUGACAUAGUGAUUCUGGAUGGUCUGAACUACAUCAAGGGCUUCAGGUAUGAGCUGUUUUGCAUCAGCAAGAACUGCAGGACACCUCAAGUAACUGUUCACUGCAUCAUCAAUCCUGAGCAAGCUUGGAAAUGGAAUGAAUCAAGGCCUGAGAGUCAAAGUUACAGCCGAGCGGUGUUUGACGGCCUGGUGAUGCGUUAUGAGGAGCCCGACAGCCGGAACCGCUGGGACAGUCCUCUGGUCACCGUUCAGGCCGACGACCCCACGCCGGCUGAGGCUGUGCUGCAGGCGCUCCGGGCGGCGCCCGCGCCCAAACCCAACAUGUCCACACAGAAUCCCAUGCUGGCACCCACCGACUUUCUGUUUGAGCUGGACCGGCGGACACAGGACGUUGUCAAGGCCAUAGUGUCGGCGCAGGAGUCGGCCAUGGAGGGCGACCAGCUACCUGUGACGGGUACCUCCGAGCGGUACACGGUCCCCUCUACGGGCCGGCUCACCCUGGCCCAGCUGUCCCGCGCCCGCCGACAGUUCGUCUCCUACCUGAAAACACACCCGGCCGACCCGGCCAGUAUACCUACGCUGUUCGUACAGUACCUGAAUAAUACGGAUCGGUGACCGGAAGGGGUGGGAGGUCAUCGCCUAUGUCAGGGGCGAGGGGUGGGGAUGACGUGGGCCGGAAGGGGCCGGUUUGGAUAUUUUGGAAUGUACUUGAGGCGUUGCGGUCUUGUCAGCUCGCGUAUGGUGUGAAUCAUUAUAAGAAUGCGGCAUCUCCGAUUCCAUCUACUUUUUGCCGUCUUAGCCACCGGCAAUGACUGAUCAUCUCUCGUACAUUUAUACGGGCGAUACCACGUUAUACGGCCCUAAUCUGAUGAUGUGAUGACAGAUCGUGGUGGGUAUUGAUGCCGUUUAUUAGCUAAAAUACUAUGCGCUCAUUGCAAUACAGCAUGCAACUGUGCAA